AACACUUACACUCUGCUUGCAGAGACAGCACACUCUUAGCACGAGUUUAUACCAAGAGGAUUGAGUCAGAUCAAGUUUGUAUUAAAAUUAGCUGAGGCUCGGUCAUGCAGCCAGUCGCUCUUUACAGGACUAUUAUAAAUAAGGGACAGCUUUAACACCAAUGCCACCCAAGCACAACUGCGCACACUGAUUAAGGACUAUUGGGCUCGGGAUCAUUAGUGUGUCCGUGACUGCACUUUCACGACGACUGCAUGAUGAACCUGGAGAAUCCUGGUGGUUUCCACAAGAGCGGAAAGCAUCUGGACAUGGAUCAGAAGGUCGGCAAGCUCACUUUCGGCUUUCAGAGAAGCUCUACCUCAGACGAUGAUUCAGGAUGUGCUUUGGAGGAGUACGCCUGGGUUCCACCUGGACUACGACCAGAACAGGUCCAGCUGUACUUCUCAUGUUUGCCAGAGGAUAAGGUUCCCUAUGUUAACAGCCCAGGAGAGAAAUACCGCAUCAAGCAGCUCUUGUAUCAGCUGCCUCCCCAUGACAAUGAGGUGCGAUAUUGCCAGUCCCUUGGCGACGAAGAAAAGAAGGAGUUACACAUGUUCAGCAUGCAGAGAAAAAAAGAGGCACUAGGACGGGGAACUCUAAAGUUACUGCCUAGGGCUAUGCUUCAUGCAAUCUGUGAACAAUGUGGGGAGAACAUUGGUGGAGGAGAGAUGGCAGUGUUGGCUUCAAGAGCAGGGCCUGGACUGUGUUGGCACCCAGCAUGUUUCUCAUGCUCAACUUGUAAUGAGCUUCUAGUGGAUCUCAUUUAUUUCUAUCAUGAGGGGAAGAUUCACUGCGGGAGACAUCAUGCUGAAUUGCUAAAGCCUCGCUGUUCGGCCUGUGAUGAGAUUAUCUUUGAUGAUGAGUGCACUGAGGCAGAGGGCCGUCACUGGCACAUGAAGCACUUUUCCUGCUUUGAAUGUGAAACCAUUUUGGGUGGUCAGCGGUACAUCAUGAAAGAUGGUCGGCCCUACUGUUGCGGGUGCUUUGAGUCCCUGUAUGCUGAAUACUGUGAGGCCUGUGGAGAACACAUCGGGGUUGACCAUGCUCAGAUGACAUAUGAUGGUCUCCAUUGGCAUGCCACAGAUGAGUGCUUCAGCUGUGCCCAGUGCAAAACCUCCUUGCUCGGUUGUCCAUUCCUGCCGAGACAAGGCCGCAUCUAUUGUUCCAAAGCUUGUAGUCUGGGGGAGGAUGUGCAUGCGUCAGAUUCAUCAGAUUCUGCCUUUCAGUCAGGCAGGUCUCGUGAAUCCCGUCGCAGUGUCCGAACAGGAAAGAGCAGUCGUUCUGCAGACCAGUGUCGUCAGUCUCUGCUCUUUUCACCUGCUGGAAACUACAAGUUCCCUGGCUUCUCAGGGAAUGCAGAGGACACCUUGUCAAACAAGCUGUCCCAUUUGAACUUAACUGAUGAGAAUUUCUGGAGGAACAGAGACGAACAGGAAGUACCUGAGGACCAUGAAGAAUGGGCUGAGCAUGAAGAUUAUAUGACCCAACUACUUCUGAAGUUUGGAGAGCAUGGAAUCUUCCAGCAGCAGGAGGACAACAGACCAGAUGAUCCUUGGAUGACCGACUCGGAGAUCAAAAAUAAGGUGGAGUCGAAGGUUUCAGGCAGUGGUAGAAAUAGCAGUCUGGCCAGUAAAAAGUACAAGACAGACAUGUACUGGACACAUUCCCAAGAUGGCCUGGGAGACUCUGCAUAUGGUAGUCAUCCUGGACCUGCAAGUAGCAGGAAAAUUCAGGAGCUUGAUCUAGAACAUGGUGCCAACUUUAAGCAUGAGGAAAAGCAGUGGUAUAAUGACUCACUGGAAUGCAUCACGGAUGGACUUAAACAGCAGGAGCAGAGUGUCCGAGACUCCAUGGACUCCCUAGCACUAUCGAAUAUCACAGGUGCAUCAGUAGAUGGGGACUUUAAAGAGAAGCAUGUACCAUUUUCUUUAGAAAAUUUCACCAAGCUGGAGGCUCAGGAUUGCGAUAAAACAAGCAACAUGGGAACUCUCAACUCUUCGAUGCUGCACAGGAGCGCCAACUCCCUUAAGAGCCUUACAUCGGAACUGGAGCGGGUAGAAGUAGUAGAGGAGGAAGAACCAGAAGAGUUGCUUCCUCUCCCAGAGGAACGACCCAUUCCUCCUGUUCUCCGAAGGUCCAGAUCUCAGUCGAGGCCUCAUCAAGUCAAGUUCUCUGAUGAUGUUGUGGAUAAUGGACACUACGAAGAUGUAGAGGUGCGACAGCCUCCAAUGAGCGAACGGACCCGAAGAAGGGUGUACCAUUUUGAUGAACAGGACGAGCGACACCGCCGGCAUCAUCGCAACCACAGACGAAGGAGCCGAAAGUCGCGGUCAGACAAUGCACUGCACAUUGUUCCCAAAGAGCAAGCGCGUAUGUGCUUCAGGGAGGACUAUCUCCAACAACGUGGUCCUAUACCUACAUCUCAGUAUGUGCAGCACUCCCAUGCUCACGCGAACUCUGAUUACGGUUUGCAGAACCAGGCGGAGAGAUUCUAUCGUCUUUAUGAGGACGAUGAUGACUGGUGCUCUACAUGCUCAUCUUCUUCCUCUGAAUCGGAGGAGGAAGGGUUCUUCUUGGGUCAACCGAUUCCACAACCCAGGCAGCCUAGGUAUCAAUAUUAUACUGAUAAACUUCCUAAUCAAGUUUCCCCACCUUAUGGCACAAGGACAAAACCCAAAAAGAAGCGAGGACAUAAGGGGAAAAACUGUAUAAUUUCAUAGACUUUAUAGAAUCAAAACUAAUCACCAACAUGUUGCAAUACAAUGGUUCCCUUCUAAAUUGUAUCUGCAUUCAUUCAAAGUAAAACAUUGAACAUCACUCAAAACAUAUCUUCGGGAUUUUUGAUGAACAAGAACUGACACCUUCUUAAAAAGAACUUGUCUUGAAAUUCAGUAAUAUUCCAUAUGUAUUAUACAGGAAAAAAAACUGCUAUGUUUAUUACAUAACUAGUCACUUGGUCAUUGAUACAAUGAAAGAUUAUAUUUAUAAAGUACCAUAUAUAAAUGAGUGAAUAUUUAACAUUUGCAAAUAUAAGUGUGUGUAUAUAUUGUAAAGACUGUUCUGAUUUAAAGCAGAUAUUUUUAUAUCCCUUAAUUUUUAACAAAGAAAAAAUUACUUUGUUAGUUGACUAAUAGCAGUAGUUGACAAAUGAUUUGCAGCAGUUUCACUUUUGUUAUUAGGUUGGUUUUCUUUUUUGGACACCAAAUGCAAUACAGUUAGACCCUCAUUAUGUCAGGGUCACAUAUACAUAUGCCCUUUUUUAUUUAAACAAACUAAUGAAAUGAAAAAUACAUUCUACAAUCUGUAUAAUGUGGUGCAUCGUUAGUUUGAACGUUUUUUAUGGGACAUUGUAAACAGAUCAGUAAAACAUGAGCUUGGCAUUAAAAGCAUAUGCAAGUUCCUUUUAA